GGGCAGCCAAACCAGGUUGCACCCAGUCGGAUGCCAUCGCGCGAUCUCUCCAUCUCAAGGUUCAUCCUCGCAACUGUCACGGUUUCGCUCCCUUGUUCAAGGGCGGAAGAGAUUGAUAGUCAAGGUUGACCUCUAAACUCGAGAGACCUAUACCGGCCCUGCCCAACUAGGCCAACCCGUUGGACGGUCAGGUGGGUGGUGCAAUUUUUGCCGCUGCGUGUAACCUUCCGGUCCAAACACAUGAAGCACUGUUGGCGGUCGUCCCGCCAUAGUGAGUCGUAGAAUCGCGUGCUUCCGUUCUGCGCGCGGCCAGAGCAUCGACGGAUUUUUGUUCAUGAAGAAGAGCCGUUCUUGAGUGAUGAAUACCACAACUUUCUUAAAAAUGGAGAAGGCUAUCUUUCUAUGGAGGCCUCCACACCUUAUGACAAAUGUUGCUUCCCAGCAACAGUUAUCAAACUAUAGAUUUGGAGUUCUGAAGCCAUCUCUUAAUUUCAUGCCCUCAGGUCUUGUCAUCAAACGUUCUGCUCUCCUUUGUUCACGAUUGUCUGCAUGGGAGCCCUCACCACUUCCAUACUCUGAUAGAAGUGACGUUGACAGCACCAUAAAGGAGAGCAACAUCUUUGAAUCCCUGGAUGUCCAAGAAGCAAGCACAACAAGCAUCUCUGAGGGUGAAAACAGCACCACCAGCCAAGAAAAAUCUUUACAACCUCUGAGGUGGCCUAUGUGGCUUUUGGGACCUUCAGUUUUGCUUGUGACUGGCAUGGUUCCAACCCUGUGGUUGCCCUUGUCUUCUGUAUUCCUUGGCUGCAACAUCUCAAGUCUCCUCUCCUUAGUCGGAUUAGACUGCAUUUUUAACAUUGGUGCCACCUUAUUUCUGCUCAUGGCAGAUGCUUGUGCUAGAUCAAACUUGAAGAGUGCUGGAUCAAAUUUGAAGAGAGAACCACAUACACCUACCGAUCUAAUCCCUUGGAAUUACAGGUUCUGCAACGCAAGUGCAGGAUUGGCUGGCUUUAUCAUUCCUUUGAUGAUACUCUUGGCGUCCCACAGAAGCAUUCUGCAUCCGCCAUUGCAGUCCCUUUCUUUUGCUGUUCUUUUUGGUCCGUAUCUUCUGCUCUUGUUCAUGCAGAUGUUGACAGAGAUGCUGACAUGGCACUGGCGAUCACCUGUGUGGUUGAUUGCUCCAAUCGUCUAUGAGGCCUACAGAGUUUUGCAGCUAAUGAGAGGCUUGAGAUUGGCAGGCGAGGUGGCCGCACCACCAUGGGUGGUGCACAGCAUUAGAGGAUUGGUUUCAUGGUGGAUUCUGAUCCUAGGGAUUCAGCUUAUGAGAGUUUCGUGGUUUGCAGGAUUCCAUGCUCGUGCUGAUCCUAGUGUGGAUCAAUGAGUCGACGCUGCCUGACGGGCUUAUCUUCCUUCCAAGUGAUUUUUCGUGUUUGCAAUGCUGUGGAAAGCAUUACCUGUCGUGUGUGGGCUGUCUAUAAUACCGGUAGAUUCUGCCAUGAUAUUUAUUCAUCAAACUGCAGUGUGCACUGGAUUGUAUCACUCUGUCGUGUACAACUUGGAUGUAAUAAGGUGUAAGUGAAAAAGCCUAACAGGGGGGGUAAAUUAUCCUUUACAAGAAAUUAUUAAUUGAUCUUUGCUCUUUCCUUAAA